AUGGAGGAGGGGGGCCGAGACGUGGGCCCAGUGUACCCAUUGGACAUCAUAAUCUCCUCAGUAAUAGCCUCCGUUUAGCAGCCGCUGUGGCCAGCGCCCUCUCCGACUGACCUGCAGCCUCUCUCUGUGGGCUGAGCAACAUAGGGACCACUACAACCUACGUGAGGACAGUGGCAGAGGGUUUUAACUGGAGUGGCGUGAUGGCAUCACCAAAAAUGGCAAAUGAAUAAAUCACAUAUUGCGGUAGUGUAUAAGUAGGUAUGCUGUUUUCAGAUGAAAACAACCAUGGCUGAUCAGUCACCUAAAUCCAUGUGACAAGCAUGCUCAGUAGUGUGCUUUGAGUUUUAAAAGAAGGCUGGCUGAAGCCUGUGUUUUCUCUGUCCUGCUCAGUCCAUCAGUGUGAGAACCAGCCAUGCUAGUCCCCCUGUGUGUAAUUAAGAGAUGGAGGGUAGAUGAUGCUGUAAGCUGCAUCGAUAAGAACACUGGCUGAUCCAGGGAUCCGCACAUGCCCAGUAGCACCGCCCUACCCCUGAAACACAGUGAGAAGUGAAGUAGCUACUAGCUAGCACAUUUAGGACAACUCUACACUCUAAAAAGUAAAUAUUCCUGGAGGAUCCUUUUAAUGGAUCCUCAAAUAACCUUUUGAAGAACCUUUUGGGGUUAAUUUUUGAACUCCCCCCUCCCCUAUUAUUAAUAAUAAUAAUAUGCAUAACAAUAACAACAAUAACACAAGAUUUGAGAGAGGAUAAGAAGGAAAGAUUGAGGAGGUGAUGAGAGUAUAGCGUGGGUAGAGUGAGGGGAGGUGAGAUGGAGAGGCUGCUCUGCUGCAGUGUAUAUGAAGGUUUAAUGGCCCUCCAGAGGAGCCAGUGUGGAGUUGUGCAACAGACUGCAGAGGCAGAUUAGACACGUAGUACACAGGAUAAUCAAGAAGAGAUUGACACAAACACAGAGAGGUUGGGCUGGUCAAAUGGUGUUGGAGAGGGCUAUAGUGGAGGGGAGCAGGUAGGGGAAAAGAGGAGAGAGGGAUUAGGGGAGUGAAGAGAUUUGUUGAGAUGAGCAGUGAUGGAAGAGGAGAGGGGAGCAUGCUCUAAGGUGGCUGGACUGUGGACCACAUUACAGUGGCUGUUGAAUACAGAUGUUGAGGGGAUAAGAGCCAUAAAGAACUGCCUAAUCCACCCCAAUCCCCCAGAUCUCCCUAAAGGAUUUACACACAAACUGGCCCUGUUUUGUCAGGAUCAGAGCUAGACACUUCACCCCAUCCAAUCAUGUCUGCAUGUACGCCUGCCCUUACACACUGAAUACAAUACAUGUAUGUUUUACUCAUUCUCCACUUUAUGCUGCUGAAUACCAUUAUGCAUGCACACACACACACACACACACACACACACACACACACACACACACAUUGCUGUGGCAUCAUGCAGCUGUUUUUCAUCCUGUACAGAAGCGACAGGGAAAAGCAAGGCCCUCCAAGGAUCUAGGCUAUGUUUCCAUUUUAGUCUCCCACUAAUCUCUGUUUGUGUUCAUGGUUGAGGCUCUAAUGAUAUUCCUGCCAGUGUGGGUCUCUAUUAAUGUAUGAACAUAUUAUUUAUGCUAAUGCAGGUCCUGCCUGUCAGAGCCUGCCUCCGAUUGAUGAGAGAGGGAUGGAAAGAGUGGCGUGUGUGUGUGUGUGUGUGCGCGUGUGUGCGCAUGUUUACUAGCGUGUGGGUGGAGGGGAGAGAAGGGGAGGGAUGGUGAGGGGGAAAAGCAAGAUCGAGAGAGCGAGAGAUGAGGGGAGGGGGAAAAAGAGGAGAGGGAGAAAAAAGCGAGCGCUAGAGAGCGAGACAGGAGAAGAGCGGUGUGACUGCCUGUAGAUGCUGGAGCCUUCGACAGCCGUGCGGCGUGCUGAAUGGACGCAGAAAGAUGGUCUCAGUAAGAGGGGAACUGACAGUUGCCUAUAAUUUAAUGUUCAGUAUCUUGGACUCCUUCUCCAUGGGUAUGAUAGCUGAGUUAGCUCAGAGCUGCCCCUCUCUUGAUCGCUCUUUCUACCCCUCUGUCUCUCUCUCUCUCUCUCACACACACACUCUUUCUUUCUCUCUGACAGUGGGUUAGGCAGGGUCUAGCGAGCGGAGCGCUUGGUUAGCCCUUGGGGUUGGCCCCUCUUCCGCUGCAGCAGUCAGCCACGGUGCUAAUGCAGAUAGAUCGCGCUGCCCCCUUUAACGCGGUGCGCGGGAGGGUGGAUGCGAGGGAACAAGCCAGAGAAAGAGAGGGAGAAGAUAACUCAAGCAGAGACAAGCAGGCUAGCGCUGCUCCACCACUGGAGUCCCUGUUUGGAGUCCCCUGUCUGCUCAACGCUGUAGUUUUGUUCUUCUUUUUUUACCUGUGGGGAAGGUGAAAUAUUGUUGUGUGUCGUUAACACGUUUUUUUCUCUCUUUCUUGAUCUGGAUAUUGCUUCCCAGGGGUGGCUCCUGCAAAGAAAAGCCCAAAGCUGGUGAGUACUGAAAUGAUCCAUACCGCCCCCAUCCACACAUCCCUUCCAUUCUCCUCCGUCCAUCCCUCUCUCCACUCUCCUGUGUGGAGUGCUAAUGUUGGUUGGUGUGUAGAGCAUCCCAAAGCAGUGAGGGAUUUUCUCUGUCAGGACUCCCGCUGUGUUUUGGUCCUGAUGAGAGCUUUGAUGCCCCGUGCGCUGGCUCGGAAUAAUGUUGUGUUGGGUGAAAGUGUUGUUGCUGGAUGAUAAUGCUGUGCUGGUUGAUUAUGUUGACCCAUUGGUAGGCAGAGCAGGCCUGCUCAUGGAUUUGUUUUUAUUCUCUAUGCCAUGUUCUCAUGUUCUCCUGGCUUAAUGCAUUCUAGGUAAAUAGAUCAGUGCAUUAGGCCAGCCUUGGAAAAGUGUUCCAAGCUUGUGGUCCAAGUGUAGGGUUGAUGUUUGAGAAUAGCCCAGCUCUUCUUAGCUUCUAUUUCUGGACCCCAUGUAGAGUAUGGAGAAGUCAUGUGAUGGCUAGAGACUGGACCACUGUCAGUCUGUGUUACCCUCUCCCUGUAGCCUAUCUCUUGGGGGAGAAGCUGCCUGUGUGCUCUCUCUGUGUUGUAUGAGGGAAGAAUGGGGGUGGAUGUGUGCUUCUGUGUUUUCCCCUCCUAGAUGUAUUCUCCCUUCAGGGUCGUUCCACCUCAAAAAGCACAGGAUUUCGACACCCACCAUCUCAGAUUGUUCUGAAAUCGGUUCUGUAGUUAUUAACAGAUACUAUUAGCAUUCCUGAAUCAUUAUUUUGCUGAAAAAUAAUUAGAUCUCUGAGAAAUUAAGUUAGCUGAUUUCACCCAAAUUGGCUGUUUCAAUUCAUAGGAUUCGGUUAAUAUUCAAUAAAUAUUGUACCCAACAUCUGAUUUGGACCAAACUUCUUCCUACCAAAAUGGUCAAAGGCCAUCUACAGACCCCCCGAAGCCUAUCCCACCCCAACAACCAGUAUACAGUAUCAGUUCUCAGUGUUUGAAGAUGUGGUUUGGAGUAUUGCUUCUUCAUACUAUGUAAUGUAUCCUUUGAAUCUGGUGAUGGGUUUUUUCCCUGUUCAGAGAAAUUAGUCAUUGAAGUCACUUGCAUUGUUUACCAUAAAGUAGUGUGAAAGUAGCAUGUUUUGACCACUAGAUACCCAUGUUCCUACUUUAUUGCCUCACUAUUUUAUCCAUUUUGCUGGUCUCUUGUGUUUAUUAAAUAGAUCACAACAUUUCCUUUUGUAACUUUGUGUAUAAAACCUAUAGAUUUGACUCAUGAUGAAAAUACAUGUUAUGGUCACCUUAACAAUUUAAAUCCUUAAUGAAAGCAAUUCAGUUUGUCCUUCUCUUACGCUUAAUCUGUGUCUUAGAAAUGGCCCCUUUGUAUGUGGUUUAUUCAUAAAAGGUCUGGAUUAGUUACUGUUGGACCAUUCCUGGUGAACAAGCAAACCAUUAGGCUACAGCAGUUCUAAUGGUUUCAAUGUUAUGGUCUUCAAUGGUAAAAGUCCCAAACACACACUGUAUAGUGUUUUGCAAUGGUAAUGGUAUUGGGUUGGGUAGGGUUUAUUGGUAAAUGUCACUAAUCACAAUACAUAUAGAGCUGUUUUCUGAUUAUAAUUUUUUUAACACGACACCAUGCAAUGUAUUAUUUUGUUAGGGUUGUCACAACAUUUUAGUCCCUAGCCCAUUUCUCCAUCAAAGUUUUGGGCUUGUAGGAAAACUCUUCAUAUGAGAAUUGUACCAUAUGGAUAGCCCUCUCAGAGAGCUGCCACUUGUUGGACAAUUCAAUGAGAGUUGGGUUGAAGUGUUGGGUUGCUAAGAUAAGGACAAACUGAAUUGGCUUUUUUAUUGACCGUUACUUCGACAGGGAAGUCCCCUGUAGCUCAGUUGGUAGAGCAUGGCGUUUGCAACGCCAGGGUUGUGGGUUCGUUUCCCACGGGGGGCCAAUAUGAAAAUGUAUGCACUCACUGUAAAUCGCUCUGGAUAAGAGCGUCUGCUAAAUGACAAAAAAAAAAAAUUGUUAAAAAAUAUAUUGAGACUAAAGUCUCUUUUACAAAUGAGCCCUGCACAAUAUAAAACACAGACAUGGAGGACUGGCUUCAAUUGUGAGGAUGACCAUAAAAUUGGUUUUGAUCAUGAGCCAAAUCUAUUGGUUUUCUACCCAAAGCUGCAAAGGAAAUGCUGUGAUCUAUUUAAUAAACACUUAAGAGCCCAGCAAAAUGGAUAAAAGUGUGUUGGUAUAGCAGGACAGCGGCAUCUACUGGUCAAAAUAUGUUACUUCCACACUUCUUUAUGGUAAAUAAUGCAAGCAACUUCAAUGACUAAUUCUCUGAACAUGGAGGGAAAAAAACAUCACCAGAUUCACAGGGAAUACGUUACAUAAUAUGAAGAAGCAAUGCUCCAAACCACACCUGUAUACUACUUGUCAAACAUAGAGAACUGAUGCUGUAUACUGGUUGAUUGGUGUGGGGUGUCCGUGGCUUUCAACCAUUUAAUUUAUUCCUCAUGUCUUACUUAUUGGUAGGAAGUUUGGUCCAAAUCGGAUGUUUGGUACUAAAUUUAUUGAAUAUUAUCUGAAUCGUAUCAAUUUUAAUGGCCAAUUUGGGUGCAAUCAAUUAGCUUAAUUCUCCAAAAUCAACUUACAUUUCAACAAAAGUAUGUUUCAGGAAUGCCAAUAUAACUAUUUUUAACUACAGGAACAAAUUCUGAACAAUCUGAGAUGGUGGGUGUCAUGGCUUACUGAAAUGACAUGAAAUUACUCUUUAGUUAAACAACCUCCUCACUGCUACUGUAUGUCUCUGAAUGUCUCCUCAUGCAUUGGGGAAUAGGGUCUGCCAUUAAUGUAUUCAGCUCUGUGUUGAACAAAAGGAAUAGACUAUAUACUGUCAGCCGAGCUCAGGUUUUUUUCUGUUAGGAGUUUGACUUCAUAUUUGAAUUACUCUAUGUGAAACUACAGUGAAUGUUUCACUUUCUCAAAAAUACAUCUCAUGAACAAAUCUGCUUGAUUAUACCUUGGGUAUUGUUAGAGAAUGUGUUUCUGGUUGACAUCACUGGCCUUGAUUAAAAAAUAUGCAUUUUGACUUACUUCUGUAAUAUGUACAGUGAGGGGAAAAAAGUAUUUGAUCCCCUGCUGAUUUUGUACGUUUGCCCACUGACAAAGACAUGAUCAGUCUAUAAUUUUAAUGGUAGGUUUAUUUGAACAGUGAGAGACAGAAUAACAACAAAAAAAUCCAGAAAAACGCAUGUCAAAUAUGUUAUAAUUGAUUUGCAUUUUAAUGAGGGAAAUAAGUAUUUGACCCCUCUGCAAAACAUGACUUAGUACUCCAGGACCUUAAUGUGCUUCUUCUUGAGCCACUCCUUUGUUGCCUUGGCCGUGUGUUUUGGGUCAUUGUCAUGCUGGAAUACCCAUCCACAACACUUUCACCCAGUUCUCCUCUGAAUCAUUCAGAUGUUCAUUGGCAAACAUCAGACAGGCAUGUAUAUGUGCUUUCUUGAGCAGGGGGACCUUGCGGGCGCUGCAGGAUUUCAGUCCUUCACGGCGUAGUGUGUUACCAAUAUAUUUCUUGGUGACUAUGGUCCCAGCUGCCUUGAGAUCAUUGACAAGAUCCUCCCAUGUAGUUCUGGGCUGAUUCCUCACCGUUCUCAUGAACUCCACGAGGUGAGAUCUUGCAUGGAGUCCCAGGCAGAGGGAGAUUGACAGUUAUUUUGUGUUUCUUCCAUUUGCGAAUAAUCGCACCAACUGUUGUCACCUUCUCACCAAGCUGCUUGGCGAUGGUCUUGUAGCCCAUUCCAGCCUUGUGUAGGUCUACAAUCUUGUCCCUGACAUCCUUGGAGAGCUCUUUGGUCUUGGCCAUGGUGGAGAGUUUGGAAUCUGAUUGAUUGAUUGCUUCUGUGGACAGGUGUAUUUUAUACAGGUAACAAGCUGAGAUGAGGAGCUCUCCCUUUAAGAAUGUUUCUGAUAGGGAGGGGGUCAAAUACUUAUUUCCCUCAUUCAAAUGCAAAUCAAUUCAUGCGUUUUUCUGGAUUUUGUUGUUGUUAUUCUGUCUCUCACUGUUAAAAUAAACCUACCAAUAAAAUUAUAGAAUGAUCAUUUCUUUGUCAGUGGGCAAACGUACAAAAUCAGCAGGGGAUCAAAUACUUUUUUCCCUCACUGUAUUUAUUUCUCUUUACCACUCUCUCUUACUCUGUCUAUCCCUCUCCUUCUUACUCUAUGUCUCUCUUUCUGACAAUCCUUCUUCUCCCCCUCCACCUUUCUUUCCCUAUCUUACUCCUUCUAUUCACCUCUUACCCCGUCUUACUCCUUCUAUUCACCUCUUUUCGUCUUACUCCUUCUAUUCACCUCUUACCCUGUCUUACUCCUUCUAUUCACCUCUUACCCCGUCUUACUCCUUCUAUUCACCUCUUUUCGUCUUACUCCUUCUAUUCACCUCUUACCCUGUCUUACUCCUUCUAUUCCCCUCUUUCCCUCUCUUACUCCUUCUAUUUCACCGUCUUCCCAGGUCGUUAAUCCUUCUAUUUCAACCUCUCUCCCCUGUCUUAAUCCUUCUAUUCACCUUUCUUCCUGCCUUAAUCCUUCUAUUCAACUCUUUCCCUGUUUUACUCCUUAUAUUCCCCUCUUUCCCUGUCUUACUCCUUCUAUUCACCUCUUUCCCGGUCUUACUCCUUCUAUUCACCUCUUUCCCGGUCUUACUCCUUCUAUUCACUCUUUCCCUGUCUUACUCCUUCUAUUCACCUCUCUUCCUGUCUUACUCCUUCUAUUCACCUCUCUUCCUGUCUUAAUCCUUCUAUUCACCUCUCUUCCUGUCUUAAUCCUUCUAUUCACUCUCUUCCUGUCUUACUCCUUCUGUUCACCUCUCUCCCUGUCUUACUCCUUAUAUUCCCCUCUCUUCCUGUCUUACUCCUUCUAUUCACCUCUCUUCCUGUCUUAAUCCUUCUGUUUCACCUUUUCUUCCCGUCUUAAAUCCUUAUUUCCCCUUUUUUCCUGUCUUAAUCCUUUUUAUCCAAACCCCCUAUUUCCUUCUUUUUUCCUUUGUUCACCUCUUUUCCCCGUUUACUCCUUUAUUCCCCUCUUUCCCAGGGCUUACUCCUUCUAUUUUCCCCCCUUUUCCCCGUCUUACUCCCUUUUAUUCCCCCUUUUUCCCUGUCUUACUUCCCCUAUUCCCCCCUUCCCUGGGCUUAUCCUUAUUCAAACCCCUUUCCCCGGGCUUACUCCUUCUUUCACCUCUCUUCCCGUCUUAAUCCUUUUUCACCUCUCUUCCGUCUUACUCCCUUUUAUUCAACCCUCUUCCCUGUCUUAAUUCCCUUUUUUUCCCCUCUCCCCUUUUCCCCUUUUCCCUUUUAUUCACCUGGUUUCCCGCUUACUCCUUUAUUAAACCCCUUUUCCUGUCCCCCUUAAAUUUUAUUUAUUUUCCCCCCUUUCCUUUUCUUACCCCCUUUAAGCACCUCUUUCCCCCUUGUUACUUGGGUUUAUUCACCUCUUUUCCCUUUUUUUACUCCCUUUUUUAACCCCCUUUCCCUGUCUUACUCCUUUAUUAAAAAUCUUUUUCCUGUUACUUUUUAUAUUCACCCCCCCCUUCCGGGCUUAAUCCUUCAUUCCCCUCCUUCCGUUUUUACUCCCUUUUAUUACCUGUUCCCCGUUUUUUCCUUUUAUUCACCCCUCUCCCGUUUAAUCAUUCCCAUUCCCCCCCCCCUUUUCCCGUCUUUCUCCUUCUAUUCACCUCUUUCCCUGUUUUUAUUUUCUUCUAUUCACCCCUUUUCCCCCCUUACUUUUCUAUUCACCUCUUUCCUCCUUAAUCCCCCUUUUUUCCCCCCUUCCCCCCUGUCUAAAACCUUAUAUUCCCCCCUUUCCCCGUCCCUUUAAAACCCCCCUUUUUAAACCCCUUUCCCCCGUCUUUCUCCUUAUAUUCCCCUUUUCCUGUCCACUCCCUUUUAUUCAAAUCUCUUCCCGUCUUCCAAAAAACCUUAUUCACCUCUUUUCCCUUUUCUUCCUUUCCCUUUUAUUUACCUCUUUCCCCGUCUUUCUCAAAAUUCCCCUCUUUCCCUUUUCUUAAUCCUUCUAUUAAACCCCUUUUCCCCGUCUUUCUCCUUCUAUUCCAAACCCCUUUCCCUGGGGCUUUCUCCCCUUUUAUUCCCCCCUUUUUUCCCCCCGGGCUUAACCCCCCUUUUUCCCCCUCUUUCCCCGUCUUACCCCCUUCUAUUCACCCUUUCUUCCCCCCUUUAAAACCUUCUACUCACCUCUCUUUCCCGUCUUACUCCUUUUUAUUAAAUCCCUCCCUUUCUUUCCCUUAUAUUUCCCCCUCUUCCCCGUCUUACUUUUUCCCUUCCCCCUUCCCCCUUUUUCCUGUUUUUAAUCCUUCUUUCCCCUCCCCCUUCCCCGUCUUAAACCCAAUUUACCUCUCUUCCUGCCUUAAUUCCCUUUUAUUUACCCCUUUCCCGGGUUUUUCUCCUUUUUAUUCACCUCUUUCCCUUUUUCUUUCCCCUUUUAUUUACCCCUUUUCCCCUUUUUACUCCUUUAAAUUUCCCCCUUUUUUGGGCUUUCUCCUUUUAUUCCCAUCUUGCCCCUUUACCCUUCUAUUUACCUCUUUCCCGUCUUAACCCCCAUUUCACCUCUUUCCCGGUUUUUCUCCCUUUUUAUUCAAAUCUUUUUCCCCGUCUUUCUCCUUAUAAAGCCCCCCCUUUUCCCGGUUUCCCUUCUAUUCAAUUUUUUUCCCUGUCUUUUUCUCCCUUUUAUUCCCCCCCUUUCCCGCUUACUCCUUUUAUUCCCUCUUUCCCCGUCUUACUCCCCUUUUAUCACCCCCCCUUUUCCCCCCUUUAAACCCCCCAUUUUACCUCUCUUUCCCGUUCCCAAAACCUUCUAUUCCCCUCUCUCCCUGUCUUUUUUUUUUCAAAACCCUUAUUCCCCCCCUUUUAAAUUUUAUUCACCUUCCCUUUCCCCGUUUUAAAUCCUUAUAAAUUUCCCCCCGUUCCCUGUCUUUCUCCUUCUUCAAAUCUUUCCCGGUCUUUCUUUUCUAUUCACCUCUCUUCCUGUCUUUUCUCCUUUUUAUUCCCCCCCCCCCUUUCCGGCUUAAACCUUCUAUUUUACCUUCUUUCCUUUUCUUACCCGUAUUUACCCACUCUUUCCGUCUACCCCUUCAUUCACCUUCUUCCCUGUCUUAAUCCUUUAGUCACCUCUUUCCUGGGCACUCCUUUUUAUUCACAUCUUUCCCUGGUUUACUCUUAUAUUCCCCCCCUUUUAAAUUUUUACUCCUUUUAUUCACCCUAUCCCGGGCCUUUUCCCCUUUUAAAAUUCCCCCCUUUCCCUGUCUUUUCUUUAUUUCACCUCUUUUCCCCGUCUCAAUCCUUAUAUUCCCCUCUUUCCCUGUCUUCCCAAAUUUUUUUCAAUCUCUUCCUGUCUUACUCCUUCUAUUUUACCUUUUCCCUGUUUUAAAAUGCUUCUUUCACCUCUUUCCCCCGUUUUAAUCAUUCUAAAUUCCCCCCCUUUUUCCCCGUUUAAUCCUUUUUAUUUCCUCUCUCCCCGUCGUAACCUUUAUUCAACCCCCUCUUCCCCCUUUUAAUCCCUUUCUUUUCACCUCUCUUCCCGUCUUACUCCUUUUUAUUUUAACCCCCUUCCCCCCCUGUUUAUCCUUAUAUUUUCCCCCCUCUUUCCCGCUUAUCCUUUUAUUUAACCUUCUUUCCCGUUUAACCUUUUAUCACCCUCUUUUCCCCCCUUAAUCCUUCUUUUUCCCACCCCUCCCCUGCCUAAAUUUCCCUUUUAUUCCCCCCUCUCCCUUUUCUUAAACCUCUAUUCCCCCCCUCCCCUUCCUUUAACCUUCUUUCCCCUUUCCCCGUCUUAAUCCUAUUCACCUCUCUUCCUGCCUUAAUCCUUCUAUUCACCUCUUUCCCCGGGUUUUUCUCCUUUUAUUCCUCUUUUCCCCGUCUUACUCCCUUUUUUUCACCCUUUUUCCCGGUCUUUCUCCCUUUUUUUUUUCCCCAUCUUUCCCCGUCUUACUCCUUUAUUACCUCUUUCCCUUUUUUUCCCUUUUAAUUUCCCCUCUUGCCCUGUCUUCUCCUUCUAUCAACCCCCUUUCCCCCUUUUUGUUUCUCCCCUAUUCACCCUUUUUUCCCGGUUUUUUCUCCUUCUAUUCCUCUUUUUCCCCCUCUUUCUCCUUAUAUUUCCCCCCUUUCCCCCUCUUUACUCCUUCUAUUAAAAUCUUUUUCCCCCUCUUACUCCUUAUAUUCCCCUCUUUUUCCCGGGGGUUAAAUCCUUAAUUUUCCAAAAAACUUCCGGUCUUAUCCUUUUUUUCACCCCUUUUUCCCCGGGCUUUCCUCCCUUUUAUUCCCCCCUUUUUUCCCGUCUAAAAAACCCUUUUAUUCCCCCCCCUCCCUGUCUUAAUCCUUUAUUUUAACCCCCUUUCCUGCCUUAAUCCUUUUAUUCACCUUUUCCCUGUUUUACUCCUUCAUUCAACCCCUCUUUCCGGUUUUAAACCUUAUAUUCACCCCCUUCCUUUUUUUUUCCUUAAAAUUCCCCCCUUUUCCCCGUCUUACCCUUCUUUACCCUUUCCCCCUCUUACCCUUUUUUUACCUCUUUCCCGGUUUUUAAAUCCCUUUAUUUACCUUUUCCGGUCUUACUCCUUUAUUCACCUCUCUUUUCCUUAUUUCUCCCUUUAUUCACCUCCUUCCCCUUUUUUUUCCUUUAAAUUUACCCCUUUUUCCCGUUUGAUCCUUCUAUUCAAAUUUUCUUCCUGUCUUAUCCUUCUGUUUUACCUCUCUCCCUGUUUACUCCUUAUAUUUCCCCCCUCUUUUCCCGUCCUUUCUCCCUAUUCACCCCCCUUCCCGUUUAAUCCUUUUUGUUUACCUCUUUCCGUUUACUCCUUUUAUUCCCCUCCUUCCCGGGCUUUCUCCCUUUAUUCACCUCUUCCCGUCAAUCCUUUUGUUCACCUCUUUCCCUGGCUUACUCCUUAUAUCCCUCUUUUCCCUGUUUUACUCUUUAUUACCCCUUUCCCCGUCUUAUCCUAAUUCCCCUUUUCCCUGUCUUACUCCCCUUUUAUUUCCCCCUUUUCCCUGUCUUAAAUCCAUACAAUUUACCUCUUUUUCCCGUCCUUAAACCUUCCUUCUAAACCUCUCUUUCCCGUUUUUAAACCUUUAUACCCCCUCUUCCUGUCUUAAAUCCUUCUAUUCCCCUCCUCCCCGUCUUACUCCUUUUUUUCCCCCCUCUUCCCGUCUUCCCCCUUCUAUUCACAUUUUUUUUCCCCGUCUUACUCCCUUUUAUUCCCCCCUUUCCCCCGUCUUUAAUAAAUUUUAUUUCCCCCCUCUUUCCCUUUUUUAACCCCUUUAUUUACCUCUUUCCCCUUUUAAACUCUUUUAACCCCCUUUUUGUCCUAAUCCCUUUUAUUCACCUCUUUCCCUUUUUUAUCACUAAAUUCCCCAUCCUUCCUUUUCUUACUUCUUUUAGCAUUCUCUUUCCUUUUUUAAUCUUCUAUUACCCUUUUUCCUGUCUUAAAUCCUUUAUUCACCUUUUUCCCCCGCUUACUCCCCCUAUUCACCUCUCUCCUGUUUUUUAAAAAUUCUAUUCCCCCCUCUUCCGGGCUUUCUCCUUUUAUUCACCUCUUUUCCCGUUUUACUGCUUCUAUUCACCCCCUUCCCCGUCUUACCCCUUUUUAUUCAAAAACUCUUCCCCGCUUAAACCUUCUAUUUCCCCCCUCCCCCCCUGUUUUAAAUCCUUAAUUCCCCUUUCCCCUUUAAACCUUCAUUCACCUCUCUCCCUGGGCUUACCCCUUUUAUUUCCCCCUCUUCCGGCUUACCCCUUUUAUUUAACCCCCUUCCGUCUUAACCUUUUAUUUACCCCUUUUCCCCGUUUACUCCUUCUAUUCACCUCUUUCCCUGUCUUACUCCUUAUAUUCCCCUCUUUCCCUGUCUUUCUCCCUUCCCAUUCACCUCUUUCCCCGUCUACUCCUUCUAUUUAAACCCCUCUUCCUUUUCUAAAAACCUUUCUAUCACCUCUCCCUGUUUUUAAAUCCUUCAUUCACCUUCUCCCCCCUUUACUUUAUUUUUAAAAUUUACAAACUCUUCCCCCUCUUACUUCUUAAUUCACCUUCUUCCUGUCUUAAUCCUUCUAUUCCCCCUCUCCCUGUCCUUACCCUUUCUAUUUUACCCGUUUUUCCCCGUCUUACCCCCUUUUAUUUUACCUUCUCCCCGCUUUUUUAAACAUUAUUUCCCCCUUUUUCCUGUCUUACUCCCCCCUUUUUCACCUCUUUUUUUCCCCGUUUUACUGGUUCUAUUCACCCCUUUCCCCGUUUAAUCCUUUUAUUUUACCCUCUUCCUGCCUUAAUCCUUUAUUUCCCCCCUCUUUCCCGGUUCCCAAAUUUAAAAUUCCCCCCUCUCCCUGUCUUAAUCCCUUUUAUUAAACCCCUUCCCUGCUUACUCCUUUUUAUUUCCCCCCUUUUUUCCCGUCUUACUCCUUCAUUCCCCCCUCUUUCCCGGCCCUUAAACCCUUUAUUCACCCCCUUUCCCUGUCUUACUCCUUUUAUUUACCUCUUUCCCCUUCCCCUUGGAAUCCUUAUUUCCCCUUUUCCCCGUCUUUCCCCCUUCUUUCACCUCUUUCCCCGUCUUUUCCUUAUUCACCCCCCUCUUUUUUGUCAAAUCCUUUUUACUCACCUUUUCCCGGUUUUACUUAAAUUUUUAUUCCCCCUUUUCUCCCUGUCUUACUCCUUAUUCCCCCCUUUCCGUAUUUCUCCUUCAUUCACCCCUCUUUCCCGUUUAAUCCUUCUAUUUUCCCCCCCUUUUUCCCUGGCUUAAUAAAUUUACCUCUUUCCCGCCUUAAUCCUUUAUUCAACCCCCUUUCCCUGUUUUUUUCUCCUUCUAUUACCCUCUUUCCUGUCUUACCCCCUUUUUAAAUUUAAACCCCUUUCCCUGUCUUACUCCUUUAUUAAACCCCUUUUCCCUUUUUCCCCCUUAUUUCCCCCCUUUGGGGCCCCGUCAAAUCCCUUUUUAUUUCCCUCUUUCCCGGGCCCUUUCUCCUCCCAUUCACCUCUUUUUCCCCUUUUUUCUCCUUCUAUUAAAAUCUUUCCCCGUUUUCUCCUUAUAUGCCCCUCUUUCCCUGGUUUUCCCCAAAUUUUAAAUUUACCCCCCCCCUCCGUUUAAAACCCUUUUAUUCCAUCUUUUUCCCUUUUCCUUUCUCCUUUAUUGCCCCCCUUUCCCUGCCCUUUCUCCUUUUAAAUUUACAAAAUUUCCCUGUCUUACUCCUUAAUUCCCCUCUUUUUCCCCUUUUUUACUUUCCCUUUUUUCCCUCUUUCCCUGUCUUACUUUCCCUUUUUAUUCAACCCUUUUUUCCCGGUCUUACUCCUUCCCUUUCCCCCUUUUCCCGUUAAAUCCCUUUUUAUUCCCCCUCUCCCGUUUAAAAAAUCCUUUUAUUCACCUCUCUUUCCCGCCUUAAUCCUUCAUUCACCCCCUUUUCCCGUUUUACUCCUUAUAUUUCCCCCCGUUUCCCGGGCUUACUCCUUUUAUUCCCCUCUUUUUCCGUCUUACUCCUUCUAUUCCCCCCCCUCUUCCCGGGCUUAAAACCUGCUAUUCCAAACCCCUCUUCCCGUCUACUCUUAUAAAUUUCCCCCCUCUUCCUGCUUACCCCCUUCUUUCACCUCUCUUUUGUUUAAUUCCCUUUUAUUAAACCCCUUUUCCCUUUCCGGGUUUAAAUCCUUUUAUUUACCUCUUUCCCCGUCUUCUCCUUAUAUUCCCCUCUUUCCAUUCCUUUCUCCUUUCUAUUAAACCCCAUCCCCGUCUUACUCCUUUAUUGCCCUUUUUCCCUUUUUCCCUUUCUCCCUUUAUUCACCCUUUUCCCUUCUCACUCCUUAUAUUCCCCUCUUUUCCCGUUUUUACCAUUCCCAUUCACAUCUUUUCCCGGGGUUUUUACUCCUUCAUUCACCCUCUUUCCCGUUUUUUGCUUCUAUUUUACCCCUUUUCCCCGUCUUAAAACAUUCUAAAUUUCCCCCUCUUUUCCGGGUUUAAAUCCUUCUAUUCCCCCUCUCUCCCCGUCUUAAACCUUCUAUUUAAACCCCUUUUUUCCUGUCUUUAAACCUUCUAUUCACCUCUCUUCCGUCUUCUCCUUUAUUCACCCUCUCCCUGUUUACUCCUUAUAUUCCCUCUCUUUCCCCCCGUCUUCCUUUUUUUCUUAUUUCCCCCCCUUCCUGUCUUAAUCCUUCUAUUCAAAACCCCUCUUUUCCUUAAACCUUCUAUUCCCCCUCCCCUCCCUGCCAAAUCCUUUUAUUCCCCCCCCUUCCCUGUCUUAAACCUCAUAUUCCCCCCUCUCCCUUUUCUUAAACCCUUUAUUCCCUCUCUCCCGGCAAAACCAUUUUUAAACCCCUCUUUCCGGGCCUUUAAACCUUUUUAUUCAAACCCCUUUCCCUGUUUUACUCCUUUUUUCCAAAACCCCUUUUUCCCCGUUUACUCCUUCUAUUCACCUCUUUCCCUGUCUUACUCCUUCUAUUCACCUCUUUCCCUGUCUUACUCCUUUAUUCCCUAUUGGGGCCCCUUUUUUCUCCCUUUUAUUCACCUCUUUUCCCCGUUUUAUCCUCUAUUUUACCUCUUUUUCCCGGUUUUAAUCCUUUUAUUCCCCCAUUUUUUCCCCGUUUAAUCCCUUUUGCCCCUCUUUCCCCCCGUCCCUUUUCCCCUUCCCAUUCACUCUUUCCCCGGUUAAUUUCCCUUUUUUUCCCCUCUUUCCCUUCUUACUUUCCUUUAUUCCCCCUUUCCCCGUCUUUCUUUCCUUUUAUCCCCCCUCCCUUUUCCCCUUUUUACCCUUUUUCAUCUCUUUCCUGUCUAAACCUUCUAUUUCCCCCCUCUCUCCCUUUCUUAAAAACCCUUUUAUUUUCCCCCUCUUUUCCGCCUUUAAACCUUCUAUUCACCUCUUUUCCCCCUUUUUUCUCCCCUUUUAUUUUCCCCCCUUUUCCCCCGUUUACCCCCUUUUAUUCACCUCUUUCCCCGGGUUUUUUCUCUCAUUUCCCCCUCUUCCUUCUUUUAACCUUUUAUUCACCCCUCUUCCUGUCUUAAAAACCCCUAUUUACCUCUCUUUCCGGGCUUAAACCUUUUAUUUACCCUCUUCCCCCUUUUUUUACUCCUUUUAUUCCCCAUUUCCUGUCUUACUCCCUUUAUUCAAUCCUUUUCCGGGGCUUAAUCCCUUUUAUUCACCUCUCCUUUCCCCCUUACCCCUUCCGGGCACCCUCUUUUUCCCCUCCCCGAAUCCUUCAUUCACCCUUUCCCCGUCUUACCCGGGAAACCCCCCAAGGCGGAAACCCCAACAACCCCCCCCACCCAAAACCCCCCUUUCCCCCAAAUUAAUCCUUUUUUUCCCCUCUUUCCUGCUUUCUCCUUCUAUUUUUACCCGUUUUUCCCCCUCUUUUUCUCCCUUUUAUUAACCUCUUUCCCCUUUUAAAACAUUCUAUUCCCCCUCUUUCGGGUUUUAAAAUCCUUCUAUUUACCUCUUUUCCCCGUUUUUCUGCUUCUAUUCAAAUUUUUCCCCCUCUUAAAUCCUUCAUUCACCUCCCCCCUUUCCCGCCUUAAUCCUUUCUAUUCCCCUCUCCCCCCCCUGGCCCCAAAACCCUUUAUUCCCCUUUUUUCCCUGUCUAAUCCUUUUAUUUCCCCCCUCUCCCUGUCUAAAACAUUCUAUUCCCCCCCCUCCCCCCCUGUUUUUUUAAUCCAUUCCCCCUUUCCCGGCCCCUUAAACCUUCUAUUCACCUUUUCCGGGUUUUUCUCCUUUUUUAUUCCCUCCCUUUUCCCGUCUUUAUCCUUUUUAUUCAAACCCCUUUCCCUGUCUUCUCCUUCUAUUCCCUCUUUUCCCCGGGCCUUUCUCCCCUAUUCACCUCUUUCCCUGUCCCCAAUCCCUUUUAUUCCCCCUCUUUCCCUGUCUUACUCCUUUUUAUUCCCCCCCUUUCCCCGUUUACUCCUUAUAUUCAACCCUCUUUCCUGUCUUACUCCUUAUAUUCCCCUUUCCCGUCUUUCUCCUUCUAUUCCCAAACUUUCAAUGUCUUUGUCCCUUUUAUUUUCCCCUCUUUCCCUGUCCUUUCCCCCUUCUAUUUUACCUCUUCCCUUUUUCUCCUUCUAAAUUUCCCCCUUUUUCCCUGUCCUUUCUCCCUUUUAUUCAAUUUUUUUCCUGGAAAUCCUUAUUCCCCCCCUUUCCCUUCUUAACCUUUUUUUUUCCCCCAAAACCCCUUUUCUUCCCUUUUUACUCCUUCCAUUCCCCCCUCUCUCCCCUUUUUUACUCCUUUAAUUUUUUCCCUAUUCCCCGUCUUACCCUUUAUUCACCUCCUCACUGUCUUUAAACCCUCUAUUCCCCUCUUCCCUGUCUUAAUAACUUCUAUUCCCCUAUUUCCGGGUUUUAAACCUUCCCAUUCAAUCUUUCCCGUUUUAAAUCCCUUUUAAUUCCCCCUUUCCCUGUCUUACUCCUUCUAUUCACCCCUCUCCCCCGUCUUUAAACCCCUUUCCCCCCUCCCCCGGCUUAAACCCUCUAUUCCCCCUCUCCCUGUUUUAAAACCCUUCUUUCCCCUCUUCCGUUUCCCCUAUUAAUCCUUUUUAUUCCCCCUUUUCCCCCCGUCUUAAACAUUCUUUUCCCCCCUCUCCCUGUCUUAAAAACCCUUUUUCCCCCCAUUCCCCUCUCUCCCUAUAUUAACCUUCUAUUUUUCCCCCUUUUCCCGGGCUUAACUUAAUUUUUCCCCCCUUCCCCUGGAAAUCCCCUUCUAUUCCCCUCUCUCCCUGUCUUAAUCAUUAUUUUCCCCUCUCUCCCUGUAUUAAUCCUUCUAUUCCCCUCUCUCCCUGUCUUAAUCCUUCUAUUAUCCCCUCUCCCUGUCUUAAUCCUUAUAUUCCCAUCUCCCUGUCUUAAUCCUUAUAUUCCCCUCUCUUCCUGUCUUAAUCCUUCUAUUCCCCUCUCUCUCAUACAGCAGUUAGCGAGGAAGGACAGUCAGAACAGUUCUGUGCACAGUGUGUCCAGCCACCGGAGUACCCACACUGACUCCCCUGUGCACCUGUCCCUGGCCACCCCUUUCUGCGAGAGCGCCGCCCCCCCACCCCCCACCCAGCCCCUGCCCGGCCUGCCUCCCCAGGAACCUCAGGCAGACGGGACCAUCCAGAGGAAACCGGAUCCCUUCAAGGUCUGGGCCCAGUCCAGGAGCAUGUAUGAAAGUAGGCGUAAGUAUUUAUUUUUGGUGUGAGGGUGUUGACUUGGGUGCUCCCCUUGUCCUGUCGGGUUGGUACUGCAGUCUGGGGCUGGUGAACAGAGAUAAUCUGCAUGCAUGUAAGUAAUUUAACCUCAGUCCCCUACACUCAAUAUUCUGAUUUGCCAAAAGUAUCCUGUCGUCUUUUGUAUAUUGACCUAAAGUGGGUGUUCACUUGGUGGGUUAGGAGUGUGGACUGUUUGAAGAUCAUUGUGGCAGUUGGGUAGAGAAAUGGGAGUGAGAGCGAUAACAACAGCCUCUAAGGAGAGUUGGUGCUGCUAACCACACCCUUGAUCUACUGAACCUUGACCAUGUGUGUUAUUAUCAGUAAGUAGUAUGCUCUCUGGAAUAGACUGUGCCAUGUUCACCUCUACACUAUUCUUUAGAACACAGCUCCAGACAAAUGUGCAUAUAAUUUGCGGUGGUGGCUCCCAUAUUUCCCUGGUAGUCUGGUGAUGCUUACGGUGCUAGCCUCCCCAAUUAACAGGAAUAUCUCUCAACCCCUGUCAGUUGCCCUCUGAGGAUUGGAGGGUCCAGAGGGUUGAACGUCUAAUCAUUUCUCUGGUGCUCCUGCUUUCAUCAGGCUUUCAUUAUUUAGAGGCCUUAAAGGGAGAGGAACUGGGUACGGUACUGCCAGAGUUGGCUCUCUCCUCAGGUGAGCGAGGAUAGGGGAGAAGAGGAGAGGAAUUCUAGAAUUCUAAAGAAACAAGGAAGAAGAGUGGGGAUUGUUUAGUCAACUCAGCCUUAUUCAGCACUUGUAUGUCCCUGUCCUGAGGAAAUAGGACUUCAUUACCGUUGUGAUGACACGUUUGCCUGAUUGAUUCUGAAAUCAAAGCCUGGGAGAGCUGAGGCUGUAACACACCAUUUUGCGACCACCCUGCGAGCGUUUCCCAAACCUGAGCAAUGCAGACUGGGUGAGCUGGGAAGAAUGCCCAUGCUUGAUGUUCACCCAGCAGCCAUUUUGAUGGUGCUAGCUGGAUAGUGGAUACUAGCCACUCUUUCUCCCCAUCUCCGCUUCCUGAUCUGAAGUUAAUCUGCUUGUUCUCCAGGGUCAGUCUGAGCUGGGCAGAUUGACUAAUCUUUGUUUAGUAUGGAUCUGUUCCUAGCCAGUGGUUUAGAAGUUGAGCUGCUGGAUUGAUCUGAUAAGCUGCCCAGUGCCUAGCGGUUAGCCUGUGACAUGCCAAUCUCGGCCAUACCCUGAGUCCCAGUGUGGUAGAAAGAGAGCUAGCUAGCUCAACACUGUGAGCUCUUCUGUUUACUCUGGAACAGAUUGCAGCCAAUCUGGCCUCUUGCCCUCCUCCCUCUAUCCUGCUGGCUCAUAGUGGCUUUAGCUGUGGAGGUCUGUAUAGUUACAUGGAGUAUCCCAUGGGGGGGCUGAAUGCAUGGAUACACACACACACACAUCGACACAGACAGCUCCAAGCUGUUGCUUGGACCCCUGUUCCUCUGUGGUCUGCCCACCUCCAGUGCUACAUGAACCAUGAGCUGUCAGUCGCUGAAGUGCACCGCUAUGUUGCAACUUAGUGCCCCUCGGACAGCUAGCUCCAGUACUGCCACCCUCUUCCCCUCCCCUCCUGCUCAGAUCUCCUCGGCUAGGGGGUUCCAGACUGAGCCUGAGGAGCAGCACUGCUGAGGCCCUUCUCAAUAAUACAGCACCAGGCUGGCAUACUGGUGACCUGGCUGAGUGCUAGGGAGAGACUCCCAGUCCCUGUCACCUACCCAGGUUGAUGGGACAAAGGAAGAAGGAUUUUGUCUUCAAAGACAUCCGAAAGGAUAGUAUUCAAAGAGAUCCUAAUUAUGGAGGUUUGAUAAAAUAGGUACCUAGGGGAUUUUCACAGCCCUCUCCUCUCUUGAAUGGUAAUUUGAAGGUAUUUUGGGAAUAGAUCAUUUUGUUUUGUUUGGGAAGAUAUUAGAUAUUUACACAUUCCUCAGGGUAAGGAAUGUACUAGCUGGCCUCUGUUCUCCUCUGAAAGGAACAGGGGGGAGGAGGGGUUACACUGUGUGGGUUCUGAUGUAAUGAUCCAGGAUGUAGUUAUCAAUGCUGAUGAUUGGUUAUCUGGUUGCAGUGCCUGAUUUCCAGGAGCAGGACAUCUUCCUGUGGAGAAAGGACACGGGCUACGGGUUCCGGAUCCUGGGAGGGAACGAGCCAGGAGAGCCGGUGAGUUAGAAGAUUCAACCACACACUAACAUCACUGCUCUGUAUAUAUCUAUACUCUCAAUAGAUAUUUUAAGUUCAGUUGAAAAAUAAUACACCUUUCAACAGAUUCCAAGUAUCUAGUUAUUAAUCUUGGCUUGGACACUUAUUAUGAGACUUCUAAGUUUAUUAUGACAAAUAUUGAGUAUAUAUUUAAUAUAUUUUGCAUCUUUGUGUGACAUAUUUUACUGUCUAAUUGAUGGUUGCAAACUCCUCUGUUGGAGCCAGAUUAAUCAACUACAGCAGCAGUUUUGGUCUGUGUGUGGUGGUGAUUGAGGUCUCAGCUCCUCUGUUCUGUAGCUCCACUUGCUCUUUCAUCUACUUGCUGCAGACUCAAUCUCUCCCGCCACUUUUUUUCCCUUUAAAGAGGCCAAGUUGUUUGUUCUUGUGAGCUGGUCUGGACAGCUUUUGAAGAAGGAAAAUAAUGACACACAAGAGAUUUAGACCGGGCUGUGCAGACAAGCAGAGAAAGAGGAGAGGAGACGUACCAGCCAGCUUUCUAGCUGGACCAGGGGUGUUAGUGCUGUGUUAGUGCUGCCGGAAAGUGUUGUACUAAAAUAAUCUUACCUAUGAGGUAGAAAUAUUAUUCAACAACCGUUAAUAUCUCAUCUUGAUGUUCUUUCACGAUGUGCUGUUGAUUGACCAACAACCUCUCCUAUCACCCGCCUCUUCUGUCCUCUCCUUUUCUCUUAUUGUCUCUCCUUUUCUCCCUUCCUCCCCCUCUCCUCUCCACUCCUCUCCUCCCCUCCUCCCUUCCUCCCCCUCUCCUCUCUACUCCUCACCUCCCCUCCUCCCUUCCUCCCCCUCUCCUCCCCUCUCCUUCCUUCCUCCCCUCCUCUCCCCAGAUCUACAUAGGGCACAUAGUGAAGUACGGGGCAGCGGAUGAGGACGGGCGCCUGCGUUCGGGGGAUGAGCUCAUCUGUGUGGACGGCACGGCAGUGGUGGGGAAGUCUCAUCAGCUGGUGGUACAGCUGAUGCAGCAGGCCGCCAAGCAGGGCCACGUCAACCUCACCGUGCGACGCAAGACUGGCUACGGAGGUAAGGGAACGCAGCAGCUAGUUAAACACGGACACUAAGUUUUACUUAGACAGACACUCUUAUACAGAGUGAACGCAUUCAAAUAACAGCUACAUGAUAUGAGCAUCAGAAGUGGUUUGUGUGAACUUGUCUUUCAACAGCAAGAGAUGGAGAGAAAUCUGUGGUAGCAGUGUUGGCUUAAAUCAGACAACGUAAUUUGAUAGUUUGUCUGCCAGUAAUUUUGCCAGUAAUUCUGUCUUCUCUGCACAAUGCUUAAGGAUCAUGGUAGAAUCUUAUUCGAUAAUCUGUCUCAGAAUGUUCCUAUUUCAAGUAUCGCACAAACAGCAGAUGAGCAGCAGUCUGUGCAGUAGUACAAUCAACAGCAGUCUAUGCAGAAACAUCAGAGCAAUCCACUGCUCCAGGCAGUGAAGGGCCCGAGGACAGAGCUGCUAUUUGAAGGGUCGCACCGCUGCUCUUCAACAGUCCAUGGAUGUGUGGGGAAACAUUUAUCAGAGGCCCUCAAUGCGCCCAACCUGGCUCUGCCCUUCAGCAGGAUAAAUAAAGUUCCUUAAACAUGAUGAAGACGGUCCCGACCUGCCCCCACUCCCACCAGCCUGCCUUCCAGCCACUGAUGUGAGCGUCCAGACCGAGGGCAUGAUGGUUGGUCAGAGGGGUGACGCCCACUAUGAAGUACUGCCUCAAUGCCAGGAAAUUAGAUGGGAACCUUAUGUUGUGAUGCAGUUGGGAAGCCAUAUCUUUAGAUGUUUUGGGGAGGAAUAGAUGAAAGUGUAGACCUGCUUCCUGCUAUCAGUGUGAUUAUUACGCCAGGCUGAGUGGGUAGAGAGGCGCACCGGUGUCCAUGUUCAUUAGUAAAAAAAAAUAUUUCGUGUUUCUUUUAGUUUUAUGUGCUGUUGCUGUAAAGUAGCUCUGUCAAUUCCUCCUCAGGGUCUAAAGGGGAGGGUGAGGUGCCCCCGUCCCCAGCCUCGUCCCACCACAGCAGCACACAGGCCCCCUCCCUCACAGAGGAGAAGCGGACUCCCCAGGGCAGCCAGAACUCCCUCAACACUGUCAGCUCCAGCAGUGGCUCCACCAGCGGCAUCGGCAGCGGGGGUGGUGGGGGCUCGGGUAGCACCGUGGUCAACAACGCCCUGCAGCCCUACGAUGUGGAGAUCCGCCGCGGGGAGAACGAGGGCUUCGGAUUUGUGAUUGUCUCGUCUGUGUCCCGACCCGAGUCUGGCACCACCUUCGGUAAGACCCCCAUGUCCUCUCUACCUUUCUGUACUUAAAUAUAGGUAGCACAUAUGCAUGUACUAUGCACACACACACUCAAAGUUCCUCUCACUAUACAGGAGAACAUAGAUAUUUUUUAACUAAUCACUGUUUGACUACUGGGUACUGUCCCUCUACUUCUAUGAAAAUUAUAUUCUUAAUAGCCCAUAUUUCUGGUGAAUAGCUUUCAUCCUCAUUCUUCCAUCUUCUAGCGAGUGGUGUUCCUCUUCUAUUUUCUUAAAUUCUGUCAAGCAGAGACACUGAAACCCAGCCCAAAGAACUGUAAUAUUUAUACUAUCUUUCAUAAUUGAUCACAAGUAAGAGUAUGUUGCAUAAUAUCCUGUAUAAUUCAGAUGCUCUUACUUAAAUGCCUCCGAUGAGCAGAUUGCCACAGUUAUAAUGAUGAGUUAAUAAGGGGGAAGAGUAUUGCGAUAUUGUAAGUGGGAUCAUUUGUAGAUGGAUAGACCCUCUCCCACUGUCCUCCAACUCUGCUUGUCCCUCUGCAUGCCCUGUUGUCUGCUCUGGUGUCUUUGCUGUGCAGUGUAUUCUGCCUAUAACUGCUACAGAGAGAUCUUGCUGCCACUCUCUGUACCUACCUGACCACUCCUCAGGGAGUCGCUCUGGGUUGGGUGUGCUGAAACACUGCUUAACUAAACUCUCACUGGGCGUCAAACGAUCAAGCAAAGCAUAUCUUCAUGUACUGAAAUGGAAGGCAUUGGCAAGUUUGUACCAUUUCGUUUAUCUUCCAGGCUUCACAUAAAAGAGGAGCACGUUGGUUAUUGAUCAAUAGUGAAGAGAAAUCUGUAUGGAUCCCAAUUACUCUGACACAGAUAUAUCCAUCCAUCCUCUCUUAGCUUAUUAAAGAAACACAUCCUUCUGCUGUGAAACCAACAAAGCUUCUAGUUGGUACAGAACUCAUGAGUUGCGCUCCACAGAUCUGCUCUUGGCUAGAGUUACUGACAGCAGAGGGAAGAGACAGACUGAUUAGUCUUUGUAGUUCAAUGAAUGAAGAAGAGGAAUAGAGAUGGAUAGAGAAUGAUAUGUGCUAUAUUUCUCUGUUAUGAUUGAGAGGCAUUCUCUAGUAGGGUAGAAGCCUUUGUGCUGCUGAGGAUUGUUGGUAGGAGAGGACCUGAGGGUACUAGCGAAGAAGUCGUCUGUGAUGUCUGUACGUUUGUAAUCUAGGCUGCAGCUGCAGGUGUCUGUCUUAUCAGAGCUGAAGGUUGACAUAGUUUCCUGAUUAUUAGGUUUCAGCUGUACAAAGAUGUUAGGAGAGAUUCACUAAUGCAAAUAGAAGAACUUGUCCUUUGGAGCAGCGCUAGUACAUAAUGUUGACAGAGGGAGAUUGUCAGUGACACAUUGAGUAUUUAGUAUGGUCCUAAUUCAUUUGAAUGCAGUACAUAUACAGUAUGUAAAGGCAUUUUUCCUUCAACAUUCCCUCUCACUUGACCAAUGCUUUCACUUUCUCACGGCAGAUUUCCAGGCACUGUCUUUUGGCACUUGGCUUGGUGGCUUUGGUGAAGUAACCCUUAACCUUCUGUCUUCCAUUCUCUCUCUUCUCCUCUUCCUCGUCUGUCAAUUUUUUCUUCUUCUUCUCUCUCUCUCUCUCAAAACACCAACAAUGUCACAUCACACACACUAUGAAUCAUGCAAACGCAAAAAGCUGGAAAUGCAUGUGUGGCCAUGCCCCACAAAAUAGGUCGUAUUAUUGAGGGGAGCCCUGCGGACCGCUGUGGGAAGCUGAAGGUGGGGGACCGUAUCCUGGCCGUCAACGGCUGCUCCAUCACCAACAAGUCACACUCGGACAUCGUCAACCUGAUCAAGGAGGCCGGGAACACCGUCACGCUAAGGAUCAUUCCCGGAGACGGUAAGACAGAACCCUGUUCCUGGAGAGCCUGUAUGUUUUCUUUUCAACCCCAAUCUAGCACACCUGAUUCUAAUAAUUAGCUGGUUGGUUAUAAUUGGGGUUGGAGCGACAACCUACAGGAGGGUUACGGUAGCUCUCCAGGAACAGGGUUGGGCAGAACUAGACCUAAGACUGUAGAUCUCAGCAGUUAGGAUCAACCUGUGUCAUAGGAAUAUUUGUGCAUUAAAUCAGUUAUGUAAACCUUUAUUGUAUCGGAAUGUACAGUAUACACCUUUUGCUAAAGGAAUGCCUAUCUCGGUACAUCACCAUCACAGCGUUUUUACAUUUCGAGUGCUCUAGUUAGUCUGAUCACCCCCGCAAUGUUGACAGAGCUGCUUGUCUUGGAUGGGAGGGAACUUUCUAGUGCAGUCGUGCAUUUCACAUUCUCCUGAAACAUUCAAGAGUAAUUCAGCUGUCAGAGGCUGUAACGGUGUGUGUGUGUGUGUGUAUUUGUUUGUGUGUGUGUGUGUGUGUGUGUGUGUGUCUUUCUUGGGGCUAAGAGCUCUCGUUACACUGCACUGACAGAUCACCCUGGCAUGCUGUUUGAUUAAGUGAGAGAGAUGCAGGGAGAACGCCAGUGUAAACACUAGUCUUUGUUAACCUGCAUGUUGGAGAAAUUUGAGUUAUUUGUCCAUGUUGCUGUUGUUUGGCCUGUUUUUAUGGAUUAAAGCCUUUUUCUGUAGAGACAGAUGAUUACACUGAGACACAAUUGUUUUAGAGAGAGAGAGAGACUACAAACCAUGGUCAGAAUCCCUGUCUAUUAGUGAGGUAGGUACACUCUUAGAAAAAAAGGUGCUAUCUAGAACCUAAAAGCGUUCUUUGGCUAUCCCCAUAGGAGAACCCUUUGAAGAACCCUUGUCGGUUCCAGAUAGGACCCUUUUGGUUCCAAGUAGAACUGUUUUGGGUUCCAUGUAGAACCCUUUCCAUAGAGGGUUCUAUAUAGAAUCCAAAAUGGUUCUACCUGGAACCGAAGAACCCUUUAAGAACCCUUUUUUCAAAUGGUGUAGAUUUAACCAAUGCCAGGGUUGUCUCCUGCUGUUAAACGCAGGGCUGUUAGGGAGGCAGAGGGAGAUUUAAUAAGGAGGCUGAUUCCAACAUCACUGCAGGGAAACUCUGCGCUCUCUCUCUCUCUCUCUGGAAAGGCUGGGAGGGAGCUGGGUGGGAGGAAGGGAUAGCGCAAUGGAAAGAGGAAAGUGGGAGAGAAGGAGUACGGGAUGAGAGAUGCGGAGAUUGAGGGAGGAAAUGAGAGGGAUGGAGUAUGUGAGGAUGGAGCCUGGGCUUCAGGGGUUGGAACCGCAAUUAUUUUCCGAUCGUUUCGUUCUGAACCGAACCACACAUUUUGUUGUUCCGUUCCACUGUUCCGAACAGCAAAAUAAAGUUCUGAACCAGUUGGAAGCCCAAAAAAGUACUGGUUUACAUUGUUCCUUUCUGUUCUUUUUUUAACCUGUGAAAUCAACAGUUUUUUACACUGCGCUCAUUAAAUUACUUCACCAAUCAGUGCGAAUAGAGCAGGUAAGCUAGUUGUUUACAUGCGUGAUGGACAGACAAGUGUAGCCUAUGGCACACGGUGUGACUGAAAUGUUACAGGUGGGGAGAGAGCGAGAGAGGGUUGAGGAGCAGGCUUGAAGCGCUAGGCAUCGUGUUAUGACAUGCAUUAUCUGAAUUUGGUACCACAGAGUUAUACCUAGGAGAAGCGGCUUCUAUGAAGGAACUUUGUAUGUCCUUUGAGCUAGCUAGCUAACAAGCUUGAGUUAGCGACCUAACAAGCUUGAGCUAGCAACCUAACAAGCUUGAGAUAGCUAGCUAACAACCUUGAGCUAGCAAGUGAACAAGCUUGUGUGUGCAGAGCGGCAUCAGAAUUAAAAACACAUCGUACCUUUUUGUAGUUAAUAAAUCCAAUGUGAAACGUGAUAACUAGGCCUAUAGUAUCCUAAACUAGCAUUGAACAAGUGAAUCCAUUCUUCUCUAGCUAAUAAAACAUAUAUAUCCUUAUCUUCUAACACUUCUAACAUCAGUACAGUAGCCUAUGCUUCGGAGAGGGGAAGGGCAGGUAGCCUAUACAUGUGCACACACACUGACAAAGAUUUUAAGCUUGCAGGUUGACGCUGGAAUACAGAGUGAGGGCUUUGCAUAGUUGCAUUGUUGCGUUUUUUUGUGGGACUAUAAAAAAAAAGACAGGAACGUAAAAUAACAUUACUAACCAGUUUCCAUGCUUUUAAAAUAACGGUUCUGUUCCAGAAAAGUAUGGAUCACUUUCGUUCCCGGUUCUGUUUCUGUUCCUUAAUUUCUUUACAGUUUUCAGUUCUGUUCCCUGAACUGGUUCCAACCUCUGGUUGACUCCGGCGUAGAGUGAUGGAGGAGGGAGAAGGUUUAUUUUAAGACACUGGGAUUCAUGGACAGAGACAGCACUCAUCAAACCUCGGGUUUCCCCAAGCAAUGUGACUACGCAGCUGGCUGGAAUUAAACCCACUCGGCCCGACCUCGGCUCGGCCUCCACUCUGAUUGGCUGGCCAGCCCAAUGUUUCAGGGGUCGUGGGAGCGGAAUGGAGAGUUAAGCCAUUGGGAUCCAAGUGGACUAGUGGGGGAGUGAUGUAUAUUUGAAACUGGAAUUGAGCACAGCCGGUGGGGCUGGGAUUAGUCUAGGGGCGGUAGUUGGGCCGAGAGCAGGGGCUAGGAUUAGUCUAACUUUAAGCAUCAGUUGUCAGAGCAGCUUACCGAUCACUGCACCUGUACACAGCCCAUCUGUAAUUAGCCCACCCAACUACCUCAUCGCCAUAUUGUUAUUUAUUUUGCUCAUUUGCACCCCAGUAUCUCUAUUUGUACAUCAUCUUCUGCACAUCUAUCACUCCAGUGUUAAUACUAAAUUGUAAUUAUUUUGCACUAUGGCCUAUUUAUUGCCUUACCUCCAUAACUUACUACAUUUGCACACACUGUAUAUAGAUUUUCUAUUGUGUUUUUGACUGUACGUUUUGUUUAUCCCAUAUGUAACGCUGUGUUGUUGUUGUUUUUAUCGCACUGCUUUGCUUUAUCUUGUCGCAGUUGUAAAUGAGAACUUGUUCUCAACUGGCUUACCUGGUUAAAUAAAGGUGAGAAAAAAAGAACAAAAUAUUAGAAAGAAAUGAGGGUGUGUGUUUGGAGUGAGGAGAUGGUUGUGUGGUUAUUGCGUGUUUAUUUAAGGAUUACGGUCAAGCAUAGGUCAUUGAUUACACAAAUAUGCUGUGAUUAGAUGAGAGCCAUGAGUAUAGCAGUUCCUCGGGUCCAGGCUUCCAUAUGUCCCCCUUUGAAUAAAUUAUAUAUAAAAAAUGUAGCGCCCCUGCUACAGUAUAUCUAUCGGGCGUCCGGCAUUGCCAUCAGCCAGCCGUCAGCCGUUGAGGAAAUGCUUCCUUUGAAAUCAAUGAAAGCUGCUUCACUACCUGUGUUGCGCUCGGGUUGCGUCACUUCCAAUGGCAGCGUCCAAGCUCAAGAAUCGGCGAGGUUAAAUUCUUAACGUCUGACGCACACGUUCAUUCUAUCUUGUGAAUUGAAAUAAUGAGAAAUAAAGUUGUCGUCCUCUGUAGCUCAGCUGGUAGAGCACGGCGCUUGUAACGCCAAGGUAGUGGGUUCGAUCCCCGGGACCACCCAUACACAAAAAUGUAUGCACGCAUGACUGUAAGUCGCUUUGGAUAAAAGCGUCUGCUAAAUGGCAUAUUAUUAUUAUUAUUAUAUUAUAAAGUUAAUUUUGGUUGCAUAUGGCCUUGACUAUACACCACUGGUUAUUUUACUAAGAUUUACUAAGUCAAGAAGCUACUACUACUAGCUAGCUAGCUAGCUACAUUGACUAGCUAGGUUCACAAUGUAAACAAAAGCAACUUGUGUAAUUAGAGGAUCAUUAAGUACAACCACUAGCAACAAUUUAAUGAGUACUUGUGAAAAACUGGACCAAAGCUAUUGGACUUAUGCAUAAUCGAUGAAUAUGGUUCAGUACAGUAGGGGAAAAUAGAAUAAAGAUGCUCUUCCCCUCUGCUACUCUCUGCUCUCAAAACAACACGCUCUGUGUAGCAGGUAGAACGUCACAUUGACAUGACGCUGAUGGCAAAGCAACGCGAUGCUUAUAGUUGAGCUGAAGUUGGGCUUACGACGGUUUAGUGAAACUGUUUUUGGUUCAUUUUUCUCCCUUCGUAUUUUGCAUGGUUCAGUCUGCAGGCCCCUGACCCCCCUGCUCCUUUUCUCUCUCCUUCGCUCUCUCUCUCUCUCUCUCUCUCUCUCUCUCUCUCUCUCUCUCUCGCUCUCUCUCUCGCUGUCUCUCUCUCAUCAGAGUCCUCUAAUGCAUCACUGCUGACCAACGCUGAGAAGAUCGCCACUAUAACAACCACUCACACAGCCCAACAACAGGCUGCACCUGAGCCCAGGUGAGAGGGAUUCUGGGAUACAUGUAUGUAGGACCUAAUUGCUUAAGAACAUGUCUAUUAGCAAAGAUUUUUAACCAAUAUUUUAUCAUCUUUCUCAUUCCAGAAACAACACCAAACCAAAACAGGAGUCCUCUUUUGAGUUCAAAUCCCCCCAGGCCCCUCCUCCCCCUGCCCCAACAACACAACCUCCAGCCCAGGUAAGGAUCUGUCCAUCGCUGCCAAGGCCUGCCUGUCCCCAACUGUGGGGGGGGGGGGGGGGUUAUACGACUGUAAAAACACCAGGAUAUCAGCUGCAAGUGAUUUAAAUUUUAUUGCGGUCAAUUUGCAGUCUACAAAUUAUUCGUAAUUAUGUUCCGGCCCCCCGACCAUCCUCUCAAGAAAAAAUCGUCUCGUGGCUGAAUCUAGUUGAUGAUCCCUGCCCUACAGCAAUGUGUUCCCUCUAAGUGGUUGUCACACUAGGGAGAUGCUUUAUUCUGAUAUCAUAUUGAUUAGUUCCUGAACAGAGCAAGGAAGGAGGGUGUUGAGUCUGUGUCCUUGGCAGUGCCCUUGUAGUGUCUGUGGCUCUGUGUGCCCUCUCUGCCUGCCUCAAACUGCCCCAUAGUCUAAUCAAUCUAUUAUUCAUUUCACCCACCACUACUCUGGAGCUCCGAUCUAAGUGUGACUUUCCUCAAGGUGGCAUUCGUCCCCACACUGAAAUACGAGCCAUCCACAGACACACACACACACUGGCAAGUCUAGCCACCACUGAAUCACCAGUCUGACCUUGUCGUGUGGAUGUGUGUGUUUUUUUUCUCAGGAUGCUGGGUUCUACUCAGUGGACCUGGAGAGGGACAACAAAGGUUUUGGGUUCAGCCUGCGAGGAGGUUGUGAGUACAACAUGGACCUGUAUGUGCUGAGACUAGCUGAGGAUGGAGCGGCUGUACGCAAUGGCAAGAUGAAGGUAUAUAUGACCCCCAUAUAGGAGUGUUUGAAGUCUAAAGUUGAUGUAUCAUAUUCAUUCUACUAAUGUAAUCCUGAACACCUCAUACAAAAUGAAAACACAAGUUUAACAUUCCCCUGGGUCCUAUAGAGACAAUUAAAGGGUUCAUUGAUUUUCCUUUAUUAUUUGUGAAUAUGUGAUAUAUGUAAAUAACAUUGAAUGUUAGCGGGGGCAUCUGUCAGGGAGGUGUGUGUGUCACUGUUCUGAGCAGGGCUUGUUAGAUGAGAUAUUAAUAGGCCCAGGUUCUGUGAGGCGGAGAGAGGUGUCAGUAGGAGACCCAUUUCUGUACAAGUGGAAUUCCCUCGACGGAGAGAACACUGACAGAAAGCUUGAGGCGCAGAGGAGAAAAAAGAGAAUUAGAAUUCUCCGUCUUUCUGUCUCUCUACCUACAUGAGGCAAACCUACAGUUCUUUGACACCAUUUCUUUCCCUCUUGUACCAUUGUGGAUUUCUAGAAAUGAUGCCUUCACAGCAGUCAGAAUAGUUGUUUUUUACGUUUUAACUAUAAUCUAACCUUCCUCCCUCUGGCACCGCUUAUGUUCCCAACUGUCCCCUUUCCCACUGUCCCCUCUUUUCCUCCCCUGUUCACCCCCUCUGCCCUUCUCUUCUCCUCCUCUUGUCCUUUUCCUACCUAUCCUCUGUCUCACCCACUACCUUCCACUCUUCACCUCUCCCUCCUCCAAUGUCUCCCCCUCUCCUCUCUCCUUCAGGUGGGAGAUGAGAUCCUGGAGAUAAACAGUGAGAGCACCAAGGGCAUGAAGCACGCCCGAGCCAUCGAACUGAUUAAAAACGGCGGCCGCCGCGCCCGCCUAGUCCUCAAGCGGGGCGACGGCUCGGUGCCUGAAUAUGGUGGGUCAAUCUACGAAAACAUUCCCUUUUCCCCCAUCUUCACCCCCUGAGUGCACACACACUCCCCAUGGGGGAGGGGCGGGGUGGGGUACGAGAGGACACAUGUCUCCUCUCCUGUCCUGCUCUGUGCUGUGCUCUGGGCCUUCCACUGACUUCCACUGUCCGCUGGGUGUGUCUGGUUUUACUCCCUUCGGGUCUGGGUCAACUGCUGUCACCUUUUAACCUUCUGCUGUGUGUCACUGAGUGGGGCGUUGCUUGGGGAGCAGGGAAUUCUGGGACGCCCCAAGGAUGAAAGGGGUCUAUGUGGACCCCUUGGAAAAAGAGGGUCACAUGGAAAAAAUUAUGAAAGAACUGUGAGGAGAGAAAACAAAUCUAAAAAGAUCAGUGUUUCUAAAUGUGGAUAUAAGUUUAUUGAGUCCUUGCUGAAUUAUAUUUUUAGGGUAAAAAAAUAAAUAAAAUAACUAUUGCAUCCCGUGCUAAACUGGGAAAUGCUCUCUGGUUGGAUUGCAUCUCCGAGCUUUGAUAUGGCGUAAUGAACAUAUUUAUGAUAUUUAUUGAAGGUGAAUGUAAGCUACUGAGUUGAGUUUAGGACUUCAGUCGAGACUGUCUUGAAAUGAGACCAUUCUAAUACUUUCUACCAUUUCAAUGGGAAAUUCACAAUACUUUGUUUGACAUAUUCACAAAUCCAUGGAUUUAUUCUCACCUACUGUGUAACUGUCAUUGGAAAACUGUGAUUCUGGAGACCUCACUCAUUCCUGACAAUUCAACUCCAUUCAGCUCCACCUCUACAGACAUUUUUGUAACUAAAAAAGAAACAUUUUUACACAUAUUUUUGUUCAUGUACAGAGCCAUGAAUCAACCCACAUAUUAAUCUAGAAAGUAUAUUGCUGCAUGAACGUGUCAAAGUGUAAAUCCAAAUGUGUAUUUUUUUUUGGGUCAAUUUUCCAUAAUAUUUAUGGAAUAUUUCAUUUUAAUUUUAUUGAUCUGUUGAUUGAUAGUCACAAUUCAUCUUAAUGCAUUCUUGAUUUGGGAAAAUAUUGCCUGUUUAUUCAUGUAUUUUGUUGCGCCGAGAAUAUGCUAUGUCUUUCCUGCACCAAUAAGACAUCUCUGUGAGGUUGUAUAUUUUCUAAAAAUGUUUUACUUUUAGUUUCCACCCUUUUACAUUUAUUUUAUGUUGGCAAUGUAAACGGCUUCAUACUGUGUUGUGUGUGCAUCUCGCUGUCUCUAUGGGGUUGGUGUCACGUGUGUGUGUGUGUGUGUGUGCUCGGUUCCAGGACUUUCUCUGUAACUGAUACUUUUUCACUCAAAGGUGGGGUUGUUUCCUGGACUGUCUAUUUCUCUGAAUGAUUAAAUGAUCAAAUAAACACCUUUUCCAUUGGACAAUAAACAAAGACAAUAAUUCUUAUUUCUUCUGCCUAUUGUUUUAGUAAUCUAAACCCUUUGCCUCUUUCUCUUUUUCUCUUUUUGAUCUACCUUUUGUUUGGCUCUUCCUUCCUUCAGAGAUGGUUGUUCCCCAUCUCACCGCAUGUAUGAGAUCAUCUAAUGACAAGCUGGGAGAUCCUAGUUCCUACCAAAAUCAGACCAUGGUUUGUAGCUGUCCUCUCCAUCUCUCUCCUCCGAUCUCUCUCUCUCUUUCUCUCUCUCUCCGGUUUCUCUCUCUUUCUCUCUCUCGCUGUGUGCUGUAGCCUCAACUCACCCGUAUCGUGCCUCUGCUCCAUGCAUAAGAGUCCAUUCACCCAGAAUGCAUUGCCAAUAUCGCCGCUGCUGCCGCUGUUGUCAUGCUGACCAGUAGGAAUGGAUUCAUACAUCCCACCUCUUGCAUUCAACCUCUGGACAUGGCGUGUCCACUGCUGACAUGCCAAAGCAUCCGUUUGAUUCAUGUCACGAUAGUUUGGUUGUGGGAUAUUGGUAAAGUUUUUGUCUUUCCUAGACAUUUUCUCAACCAAUCAAUCAAUCCCUCCUCUACUGCUGUUCCUCUCUUCUAGCUAUUUACUAUUUAGCUGUCUAGUUAGUAUCUGUGGUUUGUCCCUAGCAUUGGAGAUAAAACUAGAUCCAAGUAGAGUUAUUAAGACUUUUAGAAGCCGUCUUGUGACACUUUGAUUACCAUCCAUGUGGUUUAUUCACUGAUCGGGUGAUGUGGUUAGAGUCAGGUAAGAACCAAUACCACUGCAGUCAUUUAAUGACGAUCAAUUGUCUCUUAUCUCCUUGAUUAGUCCCUAAAACCAUUCAGUACACCUCCUUUAUCCAUGGUGCUGAGCCAACUCCCGGCAUUCUUUAUUAUGUCCAAUCUGUGAAACUAAUUUACAACCACAAUGUUGUUCCGAAACCAAUCAUGCUCAUACAUUAUUUACAUCAUUGCUCAAUUCAAAAACUCAUCUUGGUUUUGUUAGUUGCAUUAAAUAUUGAUCUCACAUCGAAGGCAUCGCCUGAGCAUGAAUUAGUCAUGUCAAACAAUCUAAAUCAGCAUCAACACCAUGCAGCACGCAGCAUUUUUACCAACCAUUGGACCCCUUCAGCUCCUUUAAGCCAGACUGCUCCUUCCACCAAUCCUCAUACAGUACGUUGCUGCUUUUGGCUCAUACAUAGCAAUACUAAUAACUUACCAUCAUCAGCUGUGGCUGUGCAUCCAAAUGGAGAAUUGAUAUAGCCGUGUUUGUUUGCUGACAUUAACAUUAGAAUUGGCAGUAUUACAAAUAAUGUUAGUAGCCUGGUUAUUAAUCACUAUAGUUGAUCUAGUCUAGUCAGGAAGUCUGUAAGAGCAGUGUGUUUCAUCCAGCACCCUGUGUUGUAUGUCAUGUUCUAUUCCAGACCCCAGCAUCGACGGUGCCGGUCCAGUCGCAGGGGUACAAAACGCUUCGGAAGUGAGCACCCUGCCCCACAACAACGCACCAUCGGACACCAAUGCACCAGUCCCUCACAAACCAUCUCGGAGCACGGACAAGAAGGGCCACCACCAUUCCAAACACCGCUCCCCGGAAAAGAAGGGCAAGCGCAAGGGAGGGGCGUCUGGGGAGACGGGGGCCUCCAAGCAGUCCAAGAAAAAGGGCAACAAGAGCCAGAGGUCUAGCGGGGAUAGCCACGGCACUCACCACCGAGGACACCGCUCCCCGGAUAAGGGCCGUAGCCGGGCCCGCAGUGCAGACAACACCCUAGACAGUAGACACAGCCAAGGGCACCACAACACCCACCGCUCUCCGUACAGGUCCACUCACCGCAAUCGGUCACCCUAUGGCCACCGUUCCCCCUAUGGCCACCGGUCACCCUUCCACUCCCCCCACCGCUCACACCACAACUCCCCCACCCGCUACCGCCGUACCCAGUCCUCAGACCCCUACCGGCAGCCCUCCCCAGAUAGACAGAGGCGCCGUGGGCCAGAGAGGCCCAACGGGGAGGUGGCACCAGUGCUAAGGAAGCCUCCUGGCCCUGUGCCCAGACCCUUCCUGGAUGAGAGCAUCCUACAGGAGCCCCCAGCCCUGGACCGAAUCAACAGGGAGGCCACGCAACUGAGGGAGCCCAGAGAGGAGCACCUGUUUGGGGAGGACAGCCUUCUGCUGAGGGCCUCCAACUUGGAGCGUGACUACAGAGGAGACAGCCUGUUAUCUGCUGCUGCCAGUGGCCAGAGAGGGGAGACCCUUCCCAGGGUCCACACCCCUGAGUCAGACAGCGCCUACAAGAGGUACAGUUCACUGCUGAGGGGUCGCUCGCCUGCGAGGGUGGAGAGAGAGCCGCGCUACGCCCCCAGGGAGGAGUCCCCAGACCCCCACCACAGAGCCCCUAGCCUGGGCCGAGACAUUUCACCUGUCAGGAGCUUCAGAGAGCCAGAGGAGGAGGAGGAGGAAGCAGCAGCACCCAGGCUGAAGGAGUAUUACAGCAAGUCCAAUGCCAGCCGUGCUUCCAAAGCGCUCCCAGAGCCCAAGCGGAAGGCCUACAAAGAUAGCACCAAAGACCUGAGCAUCUGA